AUGUCCGCAGCCUUCGAUUACGAUGCGAAUCUCGCCAAAGUUUUGAAUGAUCCCGUACGACUUCGACAGACAUACGAUCCAUAUGAAGAUCCCGACAAUUAUACCACCGGAGAGUCAGAAGUUUUAACACCCAUACAAUAUCUCGAACGCGGCAACGCCGUUCUUCAAGCUAACAGGAUCGCUAUCAAUGCUACUCCUCACCAAGAUGUUGCAUAUCCCAAUUGGAACAUCCGCUAUGUGAACGUCGACGGAGGUCACGACCGGGCAAUCUCUGAGUAUCUCUCUAGAUAUGGCAUGGCAACAGCUCUCACGGAUCUUGGAAUUGAACAUGAAGGUAAUUACUGGUCUAGAUACAGUCUCUCUUCUAGAGAAGUUGUAAACCCGGUAAAUAAGGAAAAGUAUCAAGAUCUCCGUUCUGCUAAUGUAGCUGAAAUCUUUGCAUCUCCGAAAUUUGGGACUAUUUUCACUCUGAACCAGUGGGCAGAUGCAGAUUUUGACGAUCCAGAUAUAUUCACGCCCCGUCUCUGGAAUAGCGAGCUCUUAUUUCAAACAUGGCGCGAUACAUGCUAUACAUAUGUUUCUCCGACUGGGGGGAAUGUAGAAAUUCUGCAUCCUUUACAGAUGCAAAAACUCAAGUACGUCAUCAUUGCCCCAAUCUCUAAUCACGGAACCUUCAUAACGAUUUGUGAUGCACUCAAAAUCAAAGGACUUUCAAUCGAGGAUAACGAAUUCAACAUGGUUACUUUCUCAUGCAACGACAUUUCCACAGCGAGUGCUGAGUUUACCAUGUUGAUGGGAACUACCAACGCAAGACCGGUCGCUAGAAUGCUUACUGAUCAUGUAGAUAGUCUAGGUGCGAAACGAGUGGUGAAGAUUCAUGCUUGGUUAUCCAUGCCCAAGUUCGAGUGUCCAAUGUUGGUUUUUGAAUUAGCGCGCGAUCAUCCUCCUACUCCUGCUCCUUCUCCUGUUCCUACUCCCGCUCCUACUCCCAAGAAGACGAGUAGAAAGAUUAGUACCAAGGUAAAAAAUCUGAUGAAGAAGUUUCAACAAUGA